UUGUGUGAGAAGAUAAACAACCAUAAAACUGUUUCAUAACUCUCAUUUGAUCCCGUUUGUGAAAAGGUAUAUAGAUGGCACCUUUUCAAUCAUUUGGGUUUCCCCUCCUUUCCUUUAUGUAGAUACAUCAACCUCAUUUAUCAAUUUUACCUCCCAACAUGAGUGCAAUUCAAGCAAGAUAUUAUGACAACUUUCUUUGUCAAUCUUUGGUUCGAGCAAUUAUAACAUCAUCUUAUCUAUUGGAACGUGGUUUAACCCAUCUUCAUUCGAUCUAUCAAGCUUUGAUUGAUUCUUUAGGAAUCACAACCGAUACACCAACGAUAAUAAGUACAAAUCGUGCUUGGUGGGAUCCACAAAAAGGUUCAGCGAUCGUAGUUUGGGCAGGAGGUGAACAAGAUAUUGCACAACAAUUAUCUUUAGCUUUAGCUUCUGUUCGUCAACGAAAAAAUCUCAAUAGUUUUGAAAGAUGGAGAAAAGUUGGUUAUGCUCCUUAUACCGUUAUUGUUUUAAUGCCGGAAAAUUCAAAUCAUCUUCCUGCUUUGAUCGGUGCUUGGGCAAAAAGAAAAGCUGAAGUUGCAAAUUCUAUCAAUUCACCAAAAGAUGAUAAAACAAAGCAUACAUUCUCUAAUGACAGCGAAUACAGUCAGAAAGGCUCAACUGUUGCAUCCACACUGGAAACAUUCGGUCUUGGAAGAAUAGCAAGCUUGUUUGGUCUUUCAGACGAUCAGCCGAUAGAAUUACAAGAGGACGAAUCAGAAGUAUAUGACAAGCAAUCACCUUCCCGCAGUUCGAAAAGAAGAUUAAGCAUUGGCGGUUGGACAGCAUCUGAUGUUGUUGGAUAUGGAAGGGAUAUGUUGAAAGGCUUGCGGAUCGGAGAAACUGAACAAACGGGAAUUGGAGCAGUGAUACCGGUUGUGGUAGAUACUUCCACACCCUCGGGAUUGCAACAUGCUCAAAGUACCGUUCAAGCAUAUUGUGUAAGUCAUGACUUGCUGCUACGUGCUCUGGUUCUCAUCCCAUCUAUCAUGCAACAACCGAAGCAAACAAUCGUACGACAAAAGCUACCUCAACGUAAACCAAAAGCAACUUCACCUUCCUUCCAUACAACACAUGAAAAGCUGAAUCAGUUGGCCAAAUCAACCGAAAAGACCUUAGGAACGGAUAUUGGAGAGACAUUGAAUCUUUUGGCAACCUUGUUACCUAUCGUGCGUAGUGAUGGAGGUCGUAUUAUUGGUUUAGUUCCUUCUGCUGCUCGUAUACCCGUGCCUCGUGAGCCAAGGGAAGUAGGAAUUAAUGAUGAUGUUCAAGCUCCCAAAGCACAAACGGCCACUUCGGAUGAAAUGCAAUACAACAUCACACGAACUGCUUUGCUUACCAUGUGGAACGAAGUUCGUGAAACGCUACAAGCUGAAGGCGUGGUGACCUCUUUGGUUCAUAUGAUGCCUUAUCCUGCUUCUCAUCAAACUUCACAUCAACAAAUAAGCAAUAAGAACUUACUCGGAUUCGGUCAAAUCGUACAUCACAACUCAUUCGUGCUUAGAGUUCUUGGCAAUUUAUUCUCGAUAAUCAAAGAAGAAGCACAACAAGCAUCUCAAUCAAUCUUAUUAAUCAGUCUUGCAUCUCUCUAUGGUAUUCCACCUCCGGUAAAGCCUUCAAGUGCUCAACAGCCAAUUUAUCCCGGUCUCGCAGGCUGGCAACAAGAAGUUUCCCAAGAUAAAUAUGCAUAUUCACAUAAUUCAUCAAAGAUCAAUAUAGAAUUACAAGAAUGCCCGAAAUUGUUAUUGGAUACGAUGAAAAGUGCACUCGUACGUACUUGUCCAAGAAAAGAUUAUUCGGUCGGAUUAGGACCACAUAUCGAAUCUAUUUGGAAGUACGUUCCCGGUCAUUCCAUCAUCGAUGGCGUUCUCAUGGAUUUAAUGCAAUCUUUGCCAGUCGAUUAGACUCCUUGCUUCUUACUAUAUGCUUUCUUUACACUACACUGCCAUCAUUCUUCGCCUCUUAUGCUCCAUACCCCUUUACGUCUCGUCUCGAUUUCCGAUAAUUCAUUGUAGCUAUAGAUACAUACAUUCAUACAAAACUUGCUUUCAAAAAUCACUUUCAGCCAUCCAAAUGGGAAUCGUUUAAAGCACAUGCAACGACUGCUUUUACAUGACCGUUAUACUGUCUAACAGUUUCACCUGAACUUAAUUCCCAUAAUCUUGCAACAUGAUCCGAAGAAGCAGUAACAAGAUAAGCACUAUCUGCACUAAAAGCAGCGUCCCAAACCCAUCUUUGAUGUCCAACCAAAGUUUUCUCUAAUGCGAAUUCAUAUCGAGAUGUACUCCAAAUCUUAACUGUUGUAUCUGCCGAACAUGUUGCUAAAUGACGAACGUCUGGACUU